GCUUCUCUUGCGGCCCUUUCCCGCCACCCUUCCGGGCGGAGAGCCAAGUGGGGCGGGCAGCGUCUCCAUGACGACGCGGGACGCGAGUGGGGGUGGCUGGUACCUGCUUGAUAGAGACGCUGCUCCGGAGAUCCUGGCUGAGACCAGAUCAUGUCGGACCUGGGCUCUGAGGAGUUAGAGGAGGAGGGAGAGAACGAUCUUGGGGAAUACGAGGGGGAGCGCAACGAAGCGGGGGAACGGCACGGACACGGGAAAGCACGAUUGCCCAACGGGGACACGUACGAAGGAAACUAUGAGUUUGGAAAAAGAAACGGCCAGGGGACCUACAAAUUUAAGAACGGGGCCCGGUACAUCGGAGACUAUGUUAAAAAUAAAAAGCAUGGCCAAGGCACCUUUAUCUAUCCAGAUGGAUCCAGAUAUGAAGGGGAGUGGGCUGAUGACCAGAGGCACGGCCAUGGCGUGUACUACUACGUCAAUAACGACACCUACACAGGGGAGUGGUUCAAUCAUCAAAGGCACGGGCAAGGCACCUACCUCUACGCAGAGACUGGCAGUAAGUAUGUCGGUACCUGGGUUCACGGACAGCAGGAGGGUGCCGCCGAGCUCAUCCACCUGAACCACAGGUACCAGGGCAAGUUCAUGAACAAGAACCCUGUGGGCCCUGGAAAGUACGUAUUUGACAUUGGAUGCGAACAGCACGGUGAAUAUCGCCUCACAGAUAUGGAAAGAGGAGAAGAGGAGGAGGAGGAAGAGACAUUGGUGAGCAUCAUUCCGAAAUGGAAAGCUCUCAAAAUCACAGAAUUGGCCUUGUGGACUCCAACCCUCUCUGAGGAGCACCCUCCGGCUGAGGGACAAGGCCAGGAAGAAACGCCGGGAGCUACUGGCGUGGGUGACACCUCAGAAGACAUCCCAGUGGAAGGUUUUGAGGGCGAGGUGGAACAGAGGACGGGCGAUGAAGACAUAGACACGUUCAGACAGGAGAGCCAGGAGAAUAGCUACGACUUGGACCAGGGGAACCCGAACUAUGACGAAGAGCAGCCAGACCUCCAGGAGUAAGAUAGAGGAGGCAGAAGACCACAGACACACCAGGCGUGCCUUAGUUAACACCAGUCAGCUGGGGCUGGUACCCACCGCCUGUCAAUUUCUCUCUCAACAAGUUGUUAAGUUGUUUCUCAGUUGGAAAUAAAUCUCCCGGUGUUCAUUGUU